AUGAUUGAGAGCACCGCCGCGCUGAGCGCCGCGCCGCGCGCCGGCGCGGGCGUGGGCGGCGGGGUGCCCGCGCCCGUCGCGUCAGCGGCAGCGACGACGGGCGAGGGCUUGGCCGGCGGCUGGUACGACGACGCCGACGCUGACGAGGACGAGAUGCUGAUGCAGCUGAUGGACUCGCAGCGGCAGCACCCCGAAUCACCGCGGCCCUCGCAGCGCGCCGGCGGCGGCGGGGCCGCCGCCGCGGGCCCGCCCCAGUCGCAGGGCGGCGGCGCGGCCGGCGGCGCGCACGAACCAAGUGCUGCGGCCGCGGCGGCGCUGGAGACCGGCACGUUUGUGGAGAGCGUGUGGGAUGAAGACCUGCUAUUGAUGCACGCGAACGAGUCCGAGCCGCAGCCAUCCGCUUCGCAUCCUGCAGCAGACCCUGCUGGCCCUUCGGGGUCUGCGCCGGCGGCGUGGGGGGCGGGCCAGCAGCAGGGCCGAGGCUCUCCCCUGCAGCGGCAGCAUGGGGCCGGCGGGGGCGCCGGCGCGUAUGGCCGUGGUUAUGGUGGCGGCGGCGGUUUCGAUGAUGAUUUCAUGGAUGAAGAUCUGGACGACUACAACCAGAUGCAGCGGCAGCAGCAGCAGCCGGAGCAGGAGCAGGAGGAGGACGAAGGCGAUUGGGGUGGCGACUUCGAGGCGGCGGCGGCGGGCAGCAGCAAACCCGGCGAUCCGGCGGCGGCCCUGCCGCCGCAGCAGCAGCAGCAGCAGGGGGCAUGGGGCCUGAAACCGGCGGCGCCCAUGGCGGCGCCUGCGGCCGAGGCAGCGGCGCGGCCGGCGGCGCCAGCAGCGGCAGCAGCGGACGAGUGCGAUUACUACGACCCCUUGGAGGAACUGGUGGGCAGCUGCCUGGCGCCCGGCUAG